AUGCGUGAGACUGCCAAGCAGCAGGGUGUUCGGUUGGUCGGGGAGCUGCAGCCAUGUGUGGGCUGUGUGGAGGCGAAAGGGAGGAAGGCACCGGUGCCACGGCGUGGGACACGCGCGGCGGUGCCGUUCGGAAAGGCCCACAUCGACCUCACGGGCCCGUUCACCGAGGCGAUGGACGGCUCCCGGUACCUCAUCAUGUUCGUGGACAGCUCCUCGCGGUUGCAACGGGCGUACGGGAUGCGGGCGAAGAGCGACACCCUGAANGUUCUCCGCGCUGUCACCGGCCGCCUCGCCCUCACCAACAACGUCGUGUGGGUCAACCGCCGGGCAGGCGCGCCGGCGCCGGUGCCGGGCAUCGGGGGGUUCUUCGGUCACCGCGCCGCCCUCGCCGGCCGCCGCCGUACCUGCGGCCGCUGCUGCACCGACGCCGCCCCCGCCAGCGAGGACCUACACGACCCUCAGCCCCGUCGCCGAUUUCCGUCGCCCCGUCNGCCGUUCGAGGCCUUCUUCGGGAGGAAGCCGCCGCUCAACGUCGUCCCUUUUUUCCAGGAGGGGAUGAUUCGGGUCAAGCGCGCCAGCAAAGCGGACGUCCAAUCCGUGCGUUGCUUCUACCUGCACGGCGCCAACAACCACUCAUCGGCUACCGCCGUCGUUCUCCGCGCUGUCACCGGCCGCCUCGCCCUCACCAACAACGUCGUGUGGGUCAACCGCCGGGCAGGCGCGCCGGCGCCGGUGCCGGGCAUCGGGGGGUUCUUCGGUCACCGCGCCGCCCUCGCCGGCCGCCGCCGUACCUGCGGCCGCUGCUGCACCGACGCCGCCCCCGCCAGCGAGGACCUACACCCGCAGCCCGCCAGCGCCGCCGCCCCCGCUCCUCCGCACCCGCCGCUUUCCAAACGAGCCGUCAAGGAGUUGGGACGAAAGGACACGAGGGUUCACGGCCGCACGCACGGCGAUGGAGUGCGGUUCAUGGAAGAAAAACAACAACCGCCGUUCGGUGGCGGCACCUCUCUCCACCACCGUCUUGGUCUGUUAGCGAUGAUGGACAAGGACUCCCUCAUCUCGUCGCUCGCCACUCGGGAGGCCGUGGAUCAAGGACGCCGCGACCUGCCGCCCCCGCCGCAGCCGGAUCCGAGUCUUGGAGGCCGUGGAAGCGGGGGGGCUGUGGGAGCUGGGGGGCCCGUGGAUUCUGGGGGGGGAUGGAGACCGCAGAUAUUCGCGACAAUGGUCGCCACCGGCGAGGAUGUGGACGCCGCUCUUCGCGCCGAGCGCCCGCCCGAUAAGAUGCCAGACCUUCCUCACUGCCUCGCCAGCGACCUCCGCGUGCCGAAAACGUUCAAGGAGGCCAUGCGGUCUCAGCAUUCAGAGUUGUGGAAUGAUGCAGUCGAUCGAGAGUUUUUCGGUUCAUUUGAUGCAAAAACUUUUUGUCCGGUGUAGCAACCAGUAGAGAACGCCAUCAAUGCUAAGUGGGUUUUUAUUUGUAAGGCAGACGAGUACGGAUGGCCGACGAAAUUCAAGGCAAGACUUGUAGCGCGGGGGGACAUGCAGAGGGCUUCGAUUGAUUUUGGAGAAUCGUUUGCACCCACCGUAUCAGUGUCUAGUGUGCGCUUGUUGGCAGCAUUAGCAUGUGAGCAGA